AUGCGCUUCAACGUCAUUCUAUCCGUCACCUUCCUUGCUUCCUUCGCAGCAGGACUUGUCAUACCAUCCAAUGAAGUGGAAACUCGUGAUCUUAAAAUCCGAGAGAGCCUUCUAGACGAUUCAGUGGAUUCUUUAGUCUUCAAGGGUGAGCCCAAGAGAACGAAAACGCAGAAGGCCCGCGCCGCCGUCGCGAGGACCGAAAGGACAAAGAAUAAGGAAGCAAAGAAAACGAGUUUCCAAACCGCCACCAAGGCUCAUAGGAAAACGACAAACCUGCCUGCCCGGACGUCCAAAUUCCACGUUCCUGCCGGAGGAGGCAAGCCCGCUCACACUUACACUGGAAAGGAUGUCAGAAAGGCGGUGUUCGACAGUCAUAGGGAAGCACAAAGGGUCAAGACGUUAUCAAAGACGCAAGCUAAGAAGUCCCCUUUGAAGAGCUUCAAUAACUACCCGCAUGAAGCCCCCAAGCCUGGAGGAGGAACCAAGCCUUUGCCCCAUAUGACAGUCGACAAGAAAAAGAAACAUACGCAGCCAGGCAGGGAGUUCCCCCUUCCCAAUCACCACGGCCCGUCGACCCCCAGCCCUGCUCGUGUCAUUACCCAGAAAACCAAGGGCGGCCACUACACAUUUAAAGGGGUAAUCUCACACGACCAAUCCAGGACAGACAAAACGAAAGGAACCGGAUACAACGACCACUUCCAGGUGAAAGAGCGCAAACGUAAAAGAAAGUGA